AUGUGCGAAAGAGCUGCAGCGUAUCAAAAUGCCUACAGUCUAGCAGCAGAGCAAUUUUUGCUGUCUGGAGAGAACAAGUUGCCUCGCCGCCAACCAUUUCCAACAACAGGGCGCGCCAAUCACAUUAGCCUGGAGCCUGGCACUACAGACAAACCGAAGAGUCGCUGCUAUUGCUGUGAGGGGGAGCACCGGUUGAUGGCCUGCCCAACAUUCAAAGAAAUGCCUACGAUAGAAAAGGUACGGUUCUGCGUCAAGCGCCGCUUAUGCAUGAAAUGUUUCGGGACGAGACACUCUGCAGCCGAUUGCAAAUUCGGAAAGGGCUGUGGAGUCAAUGGAUGUCAUUAUAUCCAUCAUCCAUUGCUUCAUGAUCCUGGAGAGAAACACGCCAAGGGCAACAGCCAUCAUACAUCACUUUCAGCCCAGGUAGAUCGAGUCAAGGUGGCGCUAGGCGUUAUCCGGAUGGAAGCUUACACAGCGGAAGGCCAACUCAUUCCAGUAUCAGUGCUGAUAGACGAGGGCAGCGAUACGACGCCGUUUCGAGAGGACUUUCUCCAACGGCUCAAGAUCACCGGAAAAGGUACUACCCUAGAUCUCGUAGGAGUUACCGGCGCAGAACGCUACAAGUCGCAGAAGGCCCCGGUUCGAUUUCUUUUACCGGAUGGGGAGGAGGCCAUCAUCAAAGGAAAGACGAUCCCGCAGAUAUCUAGGCCGACUCCGGUAAUCGAUUGGAGAAAAUUGAAAAACCGAUGGCCACACUUAGCCGACGUCCCAGUGCAAGAAAGUGGCGGAAAGAUUGACGUCUUAGUGGGACUCGACCACUCAAAUCUACUUGCAGUAUUAGAAUCACGCGUCGGAGGUGAAUAUGAACCUUUCGCAUCUUGCACUAGACUCGGCUGGAUCGUCCGCGGCCUACUUGGGAGUGACAUCGGUCCGAUGACAACGGCCUACAUCCAUCAUCUCACAGCGACAUCCGAGUCCUCGCUCGAUACAGAGUUCAAGAAAUUUUGCACAACUGAAAAUUUCGGUACUGAAUUUAAAGGAGAUGGCCUCUCAGAAUCGGACAGAAUCGCCGAAAAGAUCGUUGAUGAAGGCCUGAAGAAACUCGACAUUGGGUAUGAAACCCCACUCACGUGGCUCGAAGGAGAGCCAACAUUUGAAAAUAACAGAAAACUAGCUGAGCAUCGUUUGCAAGACCUGCGGGAACGAUUCAAGAGAGAUCCAGAUUUGGAGACUGAUUACAGAGCCGCGAUCAAGAAAUACGUCGACGAAGGCUAUGCAUCACGUGUAGAAGAGGAAGACUUAUACUCGAACAACCAGUACUACUUGCCACAUCACGGUGUCUACAAAAAGGUGUAUGGUAAAAAGAAAAAGAAGCUUCGAGUCGUCUUCGACGCCGCUGCAAAAUGGAAGAAGAAAUGCCUCAACGACGGAAUGCGACAGGGUCGAAAACUGCAAAACGACCUAGCCAAGGUCCUCAUUCGAUUCCAGCUGGGGGAGAUUGCCUUUGCAGCAGACGUGACUGCAAUGUACAGCAGGAUUCGACUUCGACCACAAGACGCUCGCUUUCAUCGAUUUCUCUGGCAAGAUCAAGAUUCUGACGUCAUUAUUACGUACCAAAUGGAUCGCUUGCCAUUUGGAUCAAACUGUGCCCCAUUUCUCGCCCUAAAAGCCGUUCACAGAGCCGCUUCAGACGCCACUAGAGGGAGAGAAGAAUGCAUGGAGGCAGUGGAGAAAAAUAUGUAUAUGGACGACCUAUUAAAAGCAGUCGACAACGAAGGAGAAGCAAUUAUGAAAGCAAAACUCAUCCGCGAUGGACUAGCAGAAGGCGACUUUCAUCUGACAAAUUGGAUCUCGAACUCUUCGAUAUUCAUCAAAGCGUUGCAACCAGAGCCGGCAGCAGCAGCAGCACAUCGCGAUUUAGCGUCGGAUGACAUCGAGAAGCUACUGGGAGCCUUCUACGAGCCAACGACAGACGAGAUGACGUACCGGGUGAUUGGAAUUGAAGAUCUUAAAUGGACGCGCGCUGGAUUGCUGAGCAAGGUGGCGAGUAUCUACGACCCCCUAGGCCGAGCAGCACCAGCACUGGUAAAAGCCAAAAUUAAAUUGCGGGAACUAGGUACCAGAGGACUAAACUGGAACGAAGCCAUCAGCGGUGAUGACAAGGAGUGGUGGCAAACCUGGUUCAAGACGCUGGAAAAACUCAAUGACUUUUCGAUGCCACGGAAUCUGCAACCGGACAAAGAAAAAAAUCAUCCAGAGCGACCUUCUAACCUUUGGAGAUGCAUCUGA